AUGCCUGGCCCCACCCACACGGCCUCCAGGAUCACCCUGGGCACGGUGACCCUGUCGUGUUGCCCGCCACCUGACUCUAGGCCCGGGGCGUCGGGCAAAAGAAGAGACAGCAAAGGCUGGGCCCGAAGAGGAGGCCGGCUUCUGUCGCAUGCUGGUCGUUUCCCCAGGAGUGACCACGAGGCCCAGACCACUUCUGCCCUCUGUCCUCUGGCCAUCUCUGCUCUCCUGAUGGGGAAGGAAGUGGCCCAGGGCGGGGACGAAUGUCUUCCAGGUUCCUUCUCCUUCCCUGUCACAAGGGCCCAGCUGUGCUCCCAGGACCAGAACCAGGCUAAGAAUAAGGGAGGUUCCGAGCGGAGAGCUGGCUGCUGUUCCAAAGGCAGAGCUGCAGGAGCAGCCAUCCUGCUUCCUCGAGGAAACUUUUGCACCCGGCUGCUCGCUUCCAACAGAGGCUUUCGUUCUGAGCGGCGAUCCCCUAGCCCCUGGAGCCAGCUUCAGACCAUGGUUCAGUCCGCAUCGGUCCAGGCCCAGCAGGUCUUUCCCGCUCCCACUGAUCUGCAAAGCAGCCGCUAUGGCAGGAUAGUGGCCGGUGGAGUCCCUGGACCCUGUGGUUACCCCGCCCUGAAGUCCCUGCCUGGGCUGUUCCUGACCCGUCUUGGAGUGAUGAUGGUGGUAGUGGAAAGAGGAACUCAGGCUGCAAGCGGGUGGCCAGUACAGAAUUUGCUGGCCCUGCCCCCACCCCUGGGACCGCUGUUCCAGGUCACAGGUUACCCACUCAGUCUCUGGUGCAAUGUCAGCGGCUAACAGGGACCCUGGGAGCAGAACUUCCAGUGGUCCGUGUACCUGCCGUCUUCCCCUGAGCGGGAGGUGCAGAUGGUCAGCACUCUGGACCCCUCCUUCACCUAUGCCAUGUACGGCCCUCGGGUGCGAGCUGGCAGCAUCCCAUUGGAGCAGGUCGGGGGGGAUACUGUCCUGCUGCACAUCCGGGAACUGCAGGUCCAGGACACAGGUGAGUAUGAAUGCCAGACCCUCAACACUGAUGCCAAGUACUUCGGCAGCUACAGCGCCAGGUUUGACCUGACUCUGAUUGCUGACACCCUCUCGGCCACCUCAGCCGCCCAGAUGCUCAGCCUCAGAGAGGGGGACUCCUUGGCUUUCCCGUGUGAAGUAACCAUGGGCACCAGCCAGCACACCCACCUGGCCGUGUCCUGGCACAGGCUGCAGGAGGAGGCAGGGCCAGAUCCAGCCUCUCAGGUCAUCUCCCUGUCCAGAGACUCCAGGCUGGUCCCCGGCCCCGCCUAUGGGCAGCGUGUCUCCUCUGGGGACCUUUGGCUGGCCCGUACCAGGCACUCCACCUUUGCACUGACCGUUGGGGAGCUGCAGCGUGGGGACUUGGGUAGGUGGCUCUGUGAGGCAGAGGAGUGGAUCCAGGACCCAGAUGAGACCUGGACCCUCAUCAUGAGGAAUCGGACGGUGGCGACGGUUCUGGGAGUGGAAGAAGAAGGUGAGGGUGUCCGGAAUUGCCGGGUCCAGGGCCGCAUGGGCCAGGGUUGCAGGGUCCAGGGCCAUGGGUUCACAUUCACAUCACCCGUGCCCUCUGCCCACACCAACAACCCUUUGUCCCAGGUUCACACUCACAGUACCUGUGCCCCCAGCAUCUGGUCACACCACUCAGGCUCCCAGCCCAUACCCGCAUCUCCAGUGCCUCCUGUACUUACCCGCACUACUGAGUAUAGGUAUAGGACAGGGCUCUCGGACCCCGGAACAGAGCUCUGCAUGACCUGGCACCUCAAUAGUUUGGAGAUCGCGGCCAUGGAUGGGCGCAGCAUUCUGACCCUACAGAAGUGCUCCAGAUGGCUGGCAGAGCUGGGCCAGAUUGUGACCAGGACCGGCCCUGGGGACUUUGUCUUCCAGGUGUGGGAUGUGGGCCCGGAAGAUGAGGGCACCUACAGUUUUGAGGUGUGUGAGUGGAGCCAGAUGCCCCCCAGCUUUGGGGAGGAGCUGAGGAGGGAGCGAUCGCCAGGGGUCGGCGCUCACCUUGCCCAACCAGCAGACAUGAAUCUGGAUGUGUUUGUGGAGAAUGGGCAGUGCCAGUUCUGGAUAGAAGUCCUGGUCUUUCGCUGUCGACUGCAUGGUGCCAAACACCCUCUCUCCAUGACUUAGUGGCACUUGCUUCAGGACCAGUCACCGGAGUUCAUCGCCGGUCUGGCACAGGAUAGCACCGUCACCCUGGGCCUAACCUACCGGGAGCGUGGCAGCCAUGGAGAUGUCAGGCUGGAGAAAGUAGAUUCGGAGCUGGGUAUGGGCCUGCGAGUUCAUCUGCUGAGCCGCCAGCCCCAUGUGAAGUUCGCCAGUGACUUCAAGCUGAACUGUGUGGUUAGCAGCAACUACUCUGAUAUCCUCCACAUCCCAAGGUCAUUCACCUGGCAGUUCCAGCCCUUCAACUCCACUGGCGACUUCUGGCAGCUGCUGUUGGUUAGCCUCCAUGGCCACAUGGAACAGGAUCCCUCCCAGCCCCGGUUUCUGGGGAAGAUCAGAAUCUCCCAGUUGGUGAGCCAGUCUCAACUGCACAUCCACAAUGCCUCGGAGGAGGAGACCGGGAGCUACCGGUGUCGAGUGGACUUUUUCCGGAGUUCAGUCCACGUUUUUGAGUUGGCGGUGGCAGUGGCCAAGGUUUUGUCUAACUCCUUGGGGAUAAAUGUCAUUCUCCCGGAGAGCCAGCUGGCUGUGUCAGUCGACAACCACACCCAGGAGCACCCACCUGACAUGGCAGCCACGAUGGAAUGCCGGAUCGAAUCUGUGGGCUGGAACGAUUCCCACUACACCGUAACAUGGGGCCCCACCUUCCUCUGCUGUGACUCAGAAGUGGCACCCAUAGGGUUUGGGUGGGAGCUGCAACGACUCUGGACCGAGACUCAGGGGGUGGUCAUGGGUCACCCAGAGGCAUAUCGUGACAAGCUGACCCCCACUCCCUCCAGGGACCUUCUCCUGCUCAAGGUCUGCCCUGGGUUGGCCUACAGACAAGAGAGUAACUACUACUAUUACUACUACUGCUACUACUAUUACUUAUUUCCUCUUACCCUUCUUGUUUCAGCACCUACUUUUUCUUCAAUGGUCUGUUCUUCUGUGCCUCUGCAGUACUCCCUGGUCAUUUAUUCCUGUGCUACCACCAUUCCUCUGGCUGCUGCCAUCAUCUAUAUCAUCAGGAAGGAGAAGAGAAGGCCACCUCAGAACCCAAAUGGAGGAAAAAAAGAAACUUUCUGGAGUGAAGCCCAAGAGGCUGAAAAUGUCCCCCUGGGUUCUGAGGGUGGCCAUAUGCAGGCGCUGCCCAGCUUCCCUUAG